ACCUAAAAGAUAUACUUCCGGGUGAAGUAGCGCCAUCUAAGAUAGGUUCCGCUUUUUUUUCUGCCUCUUGGGACUUUUCCCUUUUUACAUUUUUACCUUUCAAAAAUUCUUGUUAGAUAUUUGGAUGAUCGUGAUUUAUUUUCUAUUAGAUUAAUUGUGUGUUCAUAUGUAGUAUGGCUAGUAUUUCGCCCAGAGUGAUGAAACUGCCAAGAUGCUUUGCCGGCGAUGGUCCGAGCGUAGCUGCCAGACGAUGUUUUCAAGGACGCUUUUGCAGAGAUGCGAACUAUUUUGGAUGGAUGUUCGCGCUGUUCUUCUAACAAAGUAUCCACUGCAUACCCAGUUUAAGAAAGAUAGUCAUGUCUGAUCACUAUCAUAUGAGACGAAGACGGUAUGAUUCGUCUGGAAGCGAUGAUUUUGAAGACGAGAAACUGGACCCGAGAAUACAGAUUGAACUAGAAAAACUUAACAAAGCAUCAGAAGAGAUAAAUCGAUUGGAACUUGAACUGGAUGAUGCAAGGGCAUCUUUUCGUCAAACUUUGUCCGAGUCAACUCAGAAGUUGGAUGUUUUGGCAAAGAAAUUGGGAUCAAGUGUUGAGAAGGCACGACCAUACUAUGAUGCACGCGUGAAAGCCCGAGAUGCUCACUUGGAGACCCAGCGUGCAGCGCUGCGGUUUGAACGUGCCUGCAGCAUGCAUGAAGCAGCUAAGGAGAUGGUACAGCUGGCUGAACAAGGAUAUAUGCGGCGUGAACAGCCUUCAGACCCAGCCUGGCAGGAAAUGCUUAACCAUGCCACCAUGAAAGUAAAUGAAGCAGAGAAGGAGCGGAAUGAGAGUGAGCUGGAACACCAACGAACCACCAUGCGUUUCAAGGCUGCUGAGGAGCAAGUACAGUUUUUACAGAAGGAACUGAAGCGUGCCAUAGCCAAGUCAAAACUGUCAAUACGUGACAGUUUUUUCAAGCUGAAUUCUUUGACCAUGCAGUUUUGGCUGGAAAUGUUACCCUAUUUUGAGAUGAAAGCUGGAUUUAAUCAAAUAAUGGAGGAACACAAGCGCAAGGUUGGCAUGCUUGAGGAAGAGGUUGGCUCAGCUAAAUCAUUAUACUCUUCAGCACUUCGCAGUCUGGAGGCCAUCAGCGAUGAUAUUCAUCGUCAGCGACUAGAACGGAGACAGCAGCAGAUGCUUGGUGUGAGGGGAGCUGGUGUAGGAGCUGAAUGCCCCUUUCCCCCACCAUCCUGGGAGAAGAGUCAUUCUAUUGAGGGGAGUGAUUCUGUUCACACAGGCAGCUGUCAGAUUUUAGACCCUCUUGGUGUAAUUAAAAUCCCAGUUGUUGUCAGUUACCAAGAACCAGGAUUUAGAAGGAUCUCUCUAACCAGUGGUAAUUCUGGAACUGGGAAAGACCACAUGUCCACCAUUGAAGAAAAUCAGUUGCAAAGCCCUACAGACUCUUCACCUCAGUCCUUGGGACUGGUGGGAACUGCAGUCAAAGAGCAGAAUUCUCCAGGAUUGAGCUCAUAUCCUGGCAAAGACAAUACCUUGAAUACUGAAACCUACAGUGAAGGAGAAUUUGUUGGGGGUGAUCCUCUUGGCGUGCUUGCCGGCAAGCUAUGCAGGACGUGGGGUCAUUUUGCAUGUGACCUCAGUUCCAGCACGCUCAACAGGCAGGCAGGGGACAAAUAUCACACAUCCAGCCUUUUCCAGCUCCAGCCGAAACAGUUACCCCAUAGUAAUGUGACGAGCGUUACUCACCCAAUAGUCUCCCAUGCAGUCACAUCUGGUGUAGCAAGUCAGACCAAACCUCCCACUGUCAUACGCUCUGUCUCAGUUGGAGCCCCUCAAGAGUUUUUGCCACCAUCCCUCAUCUUUAACAAUCCAGACAAAGCUAGACGUCAGAGUUACAGAAACGCGGUUGAUGCAUCACAGAAAGAUGCAGAGCCACAGCCAGAUGAGGAAUUCUUGCGUUUGCCACCCAGACACCCUCAGCCUGAACUGGAGGGCAGUGAAGAAGCUUCAUCCUUUGAGCCAGUAAUCUCCAAUACACACAGCAGUGCAAAGUUGCAUUCCAGUCCUCCCCAUCAAGGAACAGAUUAUGGUAGUCAGUUGAAAGUGCCCCCAGCAGACUGGCCUGUAUCUGUCGGGGUAACAGCUCCUGCCCAGGAGGAACGAGCUGAUGGUGAUCAUCAUAGCAGUACCCCAGAAAAGCUUGCUGUUACACAGCCAGGAACAAAUAAUUCCUGUGAUACCAGUCCUGCUGGAGGAUCCCCGUCUUCCACUCAUCGCUCACAAAAACUACAGGGUUUGAUUCUGCGCAUUGAUCCUGCCAUGGACCCCAUGCGAUUUCAAGCUGCCCCCCAGAAAGGGGUUUCUCCUGUGUCUGCAAACAAAGUUCAGGACAAAACUGUUAAAACCACAGAUGCAAAGCAACCAUUUUCUCCAAACAGUUCUGCAGGAAACACCCCUCAGGGAGUAAUGUCUCCAGAUUCCUUUGUGGAGUACAAAUCCACCUUAUCUAAGUCAAUGAUCCGUUCAGCAUCACUCGCAUCUGCUGUGGGCUCAGAACCUUCAGAAGCAGAUUUAUCAGAAAUUGAUUCUGUCUCUGCUACUCAAUCACCCACUAAACCUCCUCGUUCACGUCUGCUUAAUGUGCCGGCAAGCAUGGAAACAGUGGAAGACAGUUCUGAUACGGAGUCUUUGGCUAGUACUGGUCCAAUGCUGGAUGACGAGCAAGUGGAUUUUCUCAACAAAGAUUUUUCAGAGGUUCUGAACAGGGACUUUGAAAGGGGAGAUAAUGUCACAGAGGUGCGUCCCUUUGCAAAACGUAACAACUGGAGUAGGAUGAGCUUGCCACCACGGCUUUCUUAUUUGGAAGAAUACUUGGUGAGAAGCAAGGCUUUAGCUGGGGACCAGAGCUAUCCUGAACAUGUGUUAGUAGGAAAUGAAACAGAUGAGAAUGGAUUAACAAUGAGUCCCACCUCUGAAAAGUCUGGAUUACAAGAGAGUUCCAGUCAUGUUGUGGAUGGUGCUACAGAGGAUGUGGAAGAGUCAGAAGAAAACAGAAAAGAUGUAAUUGAUGUUCAUCUAUAAAGUUCAUCCGAAAGAUACAAUAAUAUAGGUGAUAAUAAAGACAUGCUAGUGGGUUACCAUUACUCUGGGCUUUGAAAAUUGAAAUGAAACUAGAUUUCAGGUGAAGGACUGUGUGAAAAAAUAAAUGCCCACAUAAAAUGAGAUUUUCAUAUCGAUCUGACAAAAUGUUUGUGCAGUUUAAUUUGUGAAAUUAAGCAUAUCAAGAUGAUAUCAGAUUACUUUUUUGAGGAAUAUCUCAUGCUGUGCCAUAUAUUAUAUUGACAGGCUGCAUUUUGUUAGUGAUAAAUUUAUUCCAGAAUAUUCAUGACUACUUUCAUGGGAACAAGUCAUUGACAGAUAACAUGCAUUUACAAGCUAUUCAAUGGUGUGAAGUAAGAGUUAAAGUAAUUGAUAAAAACUUGAUUUGCUGAGAGAUCAAAUUGAUGGAAUCUGUGGCUUUUUGACAAUUUAAUUUUACUAACAGCCAGGUCAUAAAUGACUCAUGACAGGAAUAUAGAAAAAUGACAGUGGGAUACAAGUGUGAUAAUGAAGUGUAUGUUAUGAUGUGUUCAGCAAGCAGUUUUGCAUACUUGGAUAAUCUAUUCUGCAAAAUAGUACUUUGCACAGAUCAGAGUAAUUUUAUUAUGGGGUUGUUAGGUAAUUAAUUCCUUUUGUCAGAUGUUAAGUGUGGGAUCAAUUGCUUUGGGUCAUUUGAUGUUUCAGUGAGUACAUGUGUGCAACUGUGCAGGUAGAUGUCUGUGCAUAUGCUUAUAUGUGCAUACUAGCCUGCAUUCAUGCAACCAUGAUUGUGUGCUUCUGUAUGGCUGCAUUAGAAAGAGAACACAGCAACUUUUUCUUCUGUUUUCUCCUUAAAAUAAAGAAACCUCAGUAUAUAUGCGUGAGUGAUGACAAAAAGAAAAGGCACAGGAAGUUUAACAGAUCCAUGGUGAAGGGACAGUCAAUUCUCAUCCUAAAGAGUGCAACCAAAUGAAGACUAUUAUUACUAGAAUGUAUUCAGGCCUACCAUUCUUUGGUCAAGCAUAUUGUGAAAGCAUGAAGGGUAGACAGGUUCAAUGCCAAGGAUAGAAUUCCUUCAAAAUUUGUUCACUUAAAUUCUUAAUUCCAGAAUGCCACAGUGUGUUUGGAAACAUUUUAUUUUUACCAUUUCCAUACCACAUGAAAAUCCUCAUAUUAUGUCCGUUCUAAGUUCAAGGUUUUCUGUGUGAAAGGUCUUGCAUUUUAAUAAAGUUGUAUUUAAUUUAUUUACAAUAUUUCUAGUUAUUGUACUCCAAUACCUAUUACCAACAAUUUUUUUCCUAUUGUAGAAAUCUCAAAAAUAGCUCUCACACCCGAGUGGUUUUACAAUUUUUGUUGUGAGAUUUCAUACAAUGUACAAGUUUUUAAUUGUCCUGAUAUCAAAUACUAUUUGCAAUUUGUUUUAUUAAUGUAGUCUUUUUUUAAUUUAAAGUUCACAAGCUUGUACAUUGACACGUGCCAUUCCUAAUUCCCACAUAAAAGUAGGUUUGGGAUUUUGUUUUGAACUUUCUAGUUUUACUUCGAGCAAUUUGAUGUACUGUUUUUCUGUGUAAAGAUCAGUUUUCCUAUGUAAAUUCUGUAAUUCAGCAUGAUAAAGCCUGUCUUUACUGGCAGAUCUGUUAUGAUAUUAUUAGUGUCUAGUCAAAGCCUUGUUUUUACUGUAUGUAUGCAUUCCUUGCUAUUUAUUUGUCUGUGAAGUUCCCAUUCUUCAUAAAAAUGACAUUAGAUGCAUAAAGGUGUUUUCGUUUUAUUUUAUGUUCAUGUUUGCUGUGCAUUUCCUGCUAGUGUUGACAAGGUUCUUAGCCUAAAUGUUACCAUUUGUUGCCUUCCAACAUGAAUUAGUGAAAUUCUUUUGUCUGGCAAGACUAGCAUUUCUAUCAUCGGAUAUACAAACUGAUCAAGAGAAAAAAAAAGGCAUGGACAGUUAUUUGAUAAGGGAAAAUAUUUCAUUACUGCAUGUUUACUUGGCUAAAUUGUCAUCUUUUAGAACAUUAUCUUAAAGCAUUUAUAAUCUUGAUCUAUAUGUCAUACGUAGGAUGCAUGCAUGCAUUGAUAUCUUGUGUUGUGAUGCAGCUUUAUUGCUUUGCAAAAUGUCCAGAUGUUGUGAUAAGAAAAAAGUGUGUGCCUUUGGCACACAAUAAAUGAGGAAUCAUAGAAGGAUGCCAAGUGGUAUUGUUGGUGUAGACUGUGUUACCUCUGAGUGAAUAUUCUUUUAUAAAUGGCUGGAGAUUUUCCCACAAAAUAUUCGUUGAUAAAAUUUGAAAUCCGUGUUUUAAUUUUCUUCAUUUGCAGCUUGUGAAAUAAAAUACUUGUUUUAAAUAUUA